AAGGGAGAAAGAAGCGUGACCAUUUUGCUGACCGGCAGCUGGCAGGCGGGUCUACCCGACACACCACGGCGGCGUUGAAUUCGUUCGUCGAAGUUCAUCCGGACUCUCAUUUCCCCAUCCAGAACCUCCCCUUCGGAGUCUUCAAGCACCGGCCGAGUUCACUCCCCCGGCCGGCGGUCGCCAUCGGAGACUACGUAUUGGAUCUCUCGGAGAUCGCUCUCGCCCGCCUCUUCGAUGGCCCUCUCCUCAGUUCCUCCGAUUGCUUCCUUCAGCUUAACUUGAACAAGUUCUUAUCCUUGGGAAGGCCUGCUUGGAAGGAAGCUCGAGCUACGCUUCAGAAGCUAUUAUCAUCUACAGAACCCAAGUUGAGAGACAAUGCCAGUUUAAGGGAGAAGUCACUCCUGCCAAUGAAUGAGGUGGAAAUGCUUAUGCCGAUUGUGAUAGGGGAUUACUCGGAUUUCUUCUCCUCGAUGCAUCAUGCGAAGAAUUGUGGAACCAUAUUUCGUGGACCUGAGAAUCCAAUUAAUCUGAACUGGUUCCAUCUUCCGAUUGCAUACCAUGGUCGAGCUUCGUCUAUUGUUAUCUCGGGAACAGAUGUCAUUCGGCCUAGAGGUCAGGGUCCACCAACUGGAAGUUCCCCACCAUAUUUUGGACCUUCACGGAAGCUCGAUUUCGAACUAGAAAUGGUUAGCAUUUCAAGAAAGAUCAUUCUGCGGCUAACUCUUCAGUUGCUCACAACUUCCUCAUCUUCCUUUCAGGCUGCUGUCGUAGGUACUGGAAAUGAGCUAGGGAAGCCAGUGGACGUCGAUGAAGCAGGAGAUCAUAUAUUCGGUCUCGUAUUGAUGAAUGAUUGGAGUGCUAGAGACAUUCAAGCAUGGGAGUAUGUACCUCUCGGACCUUUCCUUGGGAAGAGCUUCAGUACCACACUAUCCCCGUGGAUUGUAACACUUGAUGCCCUAGAGCCUUUUACUUGUGAUGCCCCUAAACAGGAUCCUCCUCCUCUUCCCUAUCUGGCUGAAAAGACAUCCAAAAACUACAACAUUUCCUUGGAGGUACAAAUUAAACCUGCAGGAGUUGAGGAGUCAGCUGUGGUCACAAGAACAAACUUCAACCAUUUAUACUGGACCGUGACUCAGCAGCUAGCUCACCAUACAAUAAAUGGCUGCAACUUACGACCAGGCGACCUACUCGGAACAGGAACAAUCAGUGGCCCGGAUCCAGAGUCCUACGGGUGCUUACUAGAACUGACAUGGAACGGACAGAAACCAUUGUCACUAAACAGCAACACGACGCGAAAGUUCCUCGAAGACGGGGACGAAGUCACGAUAACCGGCUGCUGCAAGGGAGAUGGAUACAAUGUCGGGUUCGGGACAUGUACCGGGAAAAUUCUCCCGUCGAACUCAACUUGAAGGCUGUAAGCCCUGGUGAAAUUCAUCCUCAGUGCGAGAGAUAGCUUCAGCAUCUUUCUUCUGCGAGUAUCAAUAUCGAUUGCCAAAUAAGAGUUUCGUCAUGUUGUCUAGUGGCAGAUUCAGUCAUUGUACUCGUGUUACUAUUGUAUUGUAGUAAAGAAUAGGAGUGAAACUGUGCCGUUUCACGCUUUGUUCACAUGAUUUCUCGUCAUGGAGGAUAAAGGUCUAACGGUUCUUGUCGGUCGCGGAACGGAAUAAUGUCUCGGUGGGUGUAUGAGGUCAGCCCGCAAGGGUAACGGUGAAAUCGGUCAGAGGAACGAGUGGAUAAUUACUGAAACGGUCAUUCAAUUUUCGGUAGCUGAUUAAUUGGUCCAAAAAGUUGAAGGACGAAAGAGUCCAAAGCAAUUGUAUCACCACCGUAGUCCAUAGGCCCCGGCUAUGAUCUUUCCAGAAAGCUAAUCCCAUCCGCCCAUUAUAGCCUCAGUCCGGUUUGGUACUAGUUACUGUCCCUUUUCUAAGCUUCCGUCGCCAUGAGAGGAUUCCCAGAAUUCUAUCACUUCUCUUCUAGCACAAAAGGAAUUGGCUACUACUGAAAAGAUUUUCGGAGACCUAAAGUCACCAAAACCUACUUCUUAUAAAGAGUAUGGAG